UCUGACUUCGGGCCAGGGAGCCUGGGUGCAGGGCGGCGGAGCCAGACGGGCAGAUAGCCCAGGAGAGAGCGGAGCUGAGGACACCCUGCGCAGGGACUGGGCGCCGGGCUGCCAGGCAGGGGGAGCAGCGGGAGAAGCCGAGCUGGCCCAGAGCCGCCAGCCCCUAGCGGGGUCCCGCAUGGCCCGGCUGUGAGGGGUGCGCUGGGGAGGGAGUCCAGGGCGAUGCUGCGCCUGCUGGAAGCCGAGCUGCUCUUCGCUUCCCUGCUCUCCGGCCCCUUCCCGCCGCUCUCCGGGGAUCGGCAGAGCGAAUCUUGUCCUGAGAAUAAAAUCCUGACCAUGGAAUAUUCCUGCACGGGAGCAGGCGGGACGCCAGCCACAUGCUUACGGAGGAAAUGCUGUGAGGGCUAUAGGUUUGUGAUGGGCCAGUGUAUCCCGGAAAGCGUGGACGUGUGUGCCAACUUCCCGUGUGAGCAGCAGUGCACGGACAACUUCGGUCGCGUCCUGUGCACGUGCUUCCCUGGCUAUCGCUUUGACAGAGAGCGCCACAAGACUCACCUGCACCCUUACUGCCUGGACAUUGAUGAGUGUGUGGAAAGUGGAGGUGCCGUCUGUGACCAGCUGUGUACGAACACCCCAGGCAGCUACCGGUGCCAUUGCCAGCCUGGCUAUUACAUAGCGUCUGAUGGGACAACCUGCCUGAAAUCCAGCAAUGGCACCACAGUGGUCAAGUCGGAGACCCUGAUGGGCACCAGGUCCUGCUCCAUCACCUGCGAGGAGUUCACCAGUAUGAAACAGACGGUCUCCCAGCUGAGACACAAGCUGCGGCUCCCUGGCUUGGAUAAUGAGAGUGGAACAACCUGGAUGAGGAUUAACCGAAAACCAGCAGACCCCUCGCAUCAUCCUCCUGUUCUAGGGCCCCCAGGCCUCCCGGGGCCUCCAGGUGACCCAGGUGCAACAGGGGAGAAAGGGAGUCCAGGGGCAGUGGGACCUCCAGGGCCUCCGGGAACCCCAGGGCCCCGCGGGGACAUGGGCCCAAUGGGACCGUAUCCUGACUUUGCACAUAUCAAAAUCGGACGGAGGGGACCAGUGGGCGCUGCUGGGGCACCGGGGAGGAAUGGCCAGAAGGGUGAACGAGGACACCCCGGUCCCCGAGGGCCACCGGGCCCCCCAGGCUCCUUUGACUUCCUGCUCCUGAUGAUGGCCGACAUCAGGAAUGACAUCAUUGAACUACAAGAGAAAGUGUUUGGCCAGCGCCGGAGGAUGGAGUUUGAGAUGCCGUCUGCCAACAGCAGGGACUCUGAGGUGCACGAAUGGGGAUCCGGCCAGGAGGAGCUGCUGCGGGGACCUAGACCCACGCGCUCAGCCACAUGACCAGGUGCAGACACCCGCUCCCCUGCAGUUGGACUCACGAGUCAUCCACACUCCAGAGACAUUGCUUGGACAUGUGAUGCUCCAGGGAUGUUCCAUGGUUGCCAGACACGGCAGCUGAUUCAUCCCCUUGGGCCAAUCUGAUCCAUCCAUCACAGUCGCUGUCCAGAGCAGAGAGUCUAUUUAUUAUGAAUACUAAAUGUUAUAUUUUUACACUAGACAGAAUGGAAAAGAGGUAUUUUUAUAAAGGUGCUUUUCUGUCUCUUUGAAGAAGACGGGACAUUCUCCAGACUCAGGGAGGAAGCCCUGGUUUUGCUUCUCUGCAGCAGCUCAGCUUCUGCCAGCAAUUUACAUCCAGGGGAAAUGUAGGGCAAAUGAGCUGGAAGGAAGGAGUUAAAACCCAGAGGGCCUGAUUCUCUUCUCAUUCCAGUUUUAUACCAGGGUCACUGUGUUGAUUUCACUGCGGUUGCUCCCGGGUUACGCUAGUGUGAGUAGAAAAUCAGGUGCGGAUAAUCUCAGAUCCCUGCUGAUGUGUCCAAGGGAGAAUUCUUUACUGACUUCAGAUCUGACCCUCUGUGUAACCUUGCUCCAAAAAGCUCGGUUUAACACCUAUUCGGUAUGAUGCUCUGUCCCUCGCUAGUGAUGGCAGGUUGAUGAAGCUGCCACAGCUGGGUCUUUUAGCUCAGACAACAGAAGCUUAUGGUUCCAGAUCCCCACUGCCAAUAACCCACUUGGUAGAAAGAGAGAGACAGACCACUAAGGGCAAUUAGUAAAAGCUCACUGGGCAUGCAGGGCCCUCCUUGCCUGGGGAGCCGGUGUCACUCUUAGCCCUGGGAUUUCAUGAGCACAGGUUACGUCCAUAAAUACUAAGGGCCAAAUGCAGCUGUGAACGCUGCUAUCAUUUUUGCACCUCUCCUCUUGUAAAUGACACGAAUCUGGUCUUGCAUGCCCUUACCCUCACCUCUGACUUUGGUCUCUGUAGCAAGAGAGAUGGCAAUGGAAAUAACUGCAAACAGAGGACAGUUAGCGGGUUCCUUCUCCAGCUCGCUGGACCUGGGGAGA